UUUAUCAUCCACGAGAAAGAGACUGACUCAUGGUGUAUUCAUAAAGAAAUUUAAUUAUUAAACUCACAAAUAAACCCAUUCGAAAUCAACGCAAAUGUUGAUACGACAGCGUAUAAAAUGAGAAAUUUCGCUAGCGAAUUUAUCACAGUUCGUCAGCAUCGACAGAAGAGAAGAUCUUCUUGAAGUCUUUCAAAUUCUACGAAUCAACCAUGCAGAGCCGAAAUCACGUUGCGAUUCUGCUUCUCGUCUUCGGAAUAAUCGGAGUUUAUUCCUAUCCUCAAAGCUUCGAUACAUCAGAUCAGCCCUCAUCACUCUCGACGAUUGAAAAUCCAAACGAUGAGGGAGGAGUGCAUAUCUACCAUGAAGGUGCAAGACUGAAAAGAACUCCUGGAGGAUCGACUCAAUCCAUGAACAAAUUGGCAAAGAUUAAAGAGGAAAUACAACGUCUCAGGCUUGUCCCUAAAGUACCCACCAUUCAGGAUAUAAUCGAAGAAGCUCAUCGGGCGGAAGUACGAGAAUACGAUGCACUUGUUGAAAGAUUAAUGGCACAAUUCCAUAUAUCAAGAGAUGCAGCGAUCCAACGCACUUUGAGAGAAAACCAAGCUUACGUUAACCGAGUAUUUCGAUUCGACGAAUUUUAAGAUUUUCAACAAAGCCGACUCAUGCAUUUAAAUCAUUAAUACGAAUGAUGCAAUGAAUGUUUGAACGGUGAAAUAUUGUACCGUAUCGCAUAUAUCUUAUCUGUCGAAACCAUUCACACCGGUUUUAAAGUACAUUUAAAAAUUCAUUACAAUUUCGCUUCCCGCAUGCCGGAUGAAGCGCCAUCUGUAUC